GGAAGUAAACUCCUGGGCUGUUUUGCUUUUUCUACUGGGUGGUGAUGUAUCGACCAAAGCUAGCUAUGACAAGCAACAGCUGCUGUCGAUAUGAUUCCAUCAGUAAUGUUUAGGUUUUGCUGUUAAUACGAAAACGACUUCUGGGAGGAAAUAGUAAACAUUAAGGUACUAUCAAGCUGAGCUGAGUAGCAUGCUGGACGUGGGGAAGUGGCCUGUGUUUGCACUCCUUCCUCCUGAAGAAAUACGGCUUAUCCGGCAGGCUUGUGUCUUCGGUAGUGCUGCGAACGAAGCCCUCUAUGUCACUGUUAAUGAUGAGGUCUUUGCCUUAGGCACCAACUGUAGUGGCUGCCUAGGCCUCGGAGACCUUCAAAGCACUAUUGAGCCGCGCAGGAUUGAUGUCUUGUGUGGAAAGAAGAUUGUGUCCCUGAGCUAUGGUACAGGACCACAUGUGGUUAUCGCCACUGCAGAUGGGGAGGUGUUUGCAUGGGGCCACAAUGGCUACAGCCAGUUGGGAAAUGGAACCACCAACCAUGGUCUGACCCCCGCCCUGGUUUCCACCAACCUCAUCAGCAAGAGAGUGACAGAAGUCGCUUGUGGCUCCCAUCACACCAUAGCUCUCACCAGUGAUGGAGAGGUGUAUGCGUGGGGCUACAACAACUCGGGCCAAGUUGGUUCUGGGUCAACUGCCAAUCAGCCAACACCACGUCGCGUUAGCAGUUGUCUACAGAACAAAGUGGUGGUCAACAUAGCCUGUGGCCAACUCUGCUCGAUGGCUGUUCUAGAUAAUGGAGAGAUUUAUGGUUGGGGCUACAACUGCAAUGGGCAGCUGGGUUUGGGAAACAAUGGAAAUCAGCAGACCCCAUGCCGGAUCGCUGCGCUGCAAGGUGUCAACAUUGUGCAGGUAGCAUGUGGAUAUGCACACACGUUGGCACUUACGGAUGAAGGAUUUGUUUAUGCAUGGGGAGCCAACUCCUAUGGACAGCUGGGAACAGGCAAUAAAAGUAACCAAGCUCUCCCUAUCUUAAUAACUACAGACAAGGAAAGGAUGGUGGAGGUGGCUGCGUGUCACACCAGCCACACGUCAGCUGCCAAGACACAGAGCGGGCAGGUUCUGAUGUGGGGUCAGUGUCGAGGUCAGGCCGUGUCUAGCCCUCACCUUACCCACUUUAGCAGCACUGAUGACGUGUUUGCCUGCUUCGCCACGCCAGCCGUCACAUGGCACCUCCUCUCAGUGGAUGGAGAUGACUACCUGACAGUUGCCCAGUCUUUAAAGAAGGAGUUUGACAGUCCAGAGAUUUCUGACCUCAAGUUCUUAGUUGAUGGGAAGAGCAUCUAUGUUCACAAAGCUCUUCUGAAGAUCAGACACUCAUUGUGGUCACAAGACCAGAUGUUUUCUUCUUAACCACAAAUCAUUAAAGAUCUGGACAUAACACAGAGCGUUUCUUUUUGAUUCUCUUAGGUUUUACAGAGUUGUUAAAUAAUUUCACAUCCACCAUAUCACCAAAAAUAGAAAAUAGAGAGCUCUCAUAUUUAAAUGAUAUGUGCUAGACAGUGUUCCCUGUCAGCCACAGGGAAGUGGAGAGCAGCCUAUUGUUUCCCAUGUUUCUUUUUAUAACCACACUUGAACAGUGUAUGCAUUCCAGUCUCUUGCUCUUUUGCACUGUCAGGAGGAAGGAGCCGGACUGUCUGCACAGUCAACAAAAGUGCACGUGCUCACACAAAUAAUGCCUGUGGCACCAAGCCUCUACUUUGACCAUAUCUCAUGCAAACAACAUUUUAAAGACACUUCAGAAAGAAAAGCGAGUCUAUUGUUCUGGUGUGUAUGGAAAGCAACGACAACUGGUUGGUAGUGAAGGGGGGAGAAACUUCUUCUAAAGUUGCUUAACAAAGAUUGAAAAAGGUAGUGAGCUAAAUUAUCUGAGACCUUAUGCACACUUUCAAAGUAUGAAUACAAUAAACUUUCAAAGGCAAACAUAUUGCGUGCUCUUAAUCAUGCAUGCUAAAAAUUUGAUCAUUUUUAUAACGAUGUUCUUGCUAUAUACCUUGGUAAAAAAUCAUAAGUUAAAAUCAAAACGUAGAUGUACAAUUGAUGGCAUAAUAAUGUGGAUAUUUGCUGUGCAUUUGAUGGAAAGCGCAAUGAUGUGUUCACCUGCAACACAGAGGCGAGCAGUUGCUGUGAAUUGUAGAAAUUAUUUCCUGAAGUGUUCUUUAUGACGGCAGAUCAAGCUCGGCUGUCCCUGCGGUGCGUCAUGGAGCCAGAUGUGACGGAUUGUUUGUUUGGUAAUUUCACGUUCUUUCCUGGCACAGGUGUCUCCAGGCUGGGUCCCAUAAUUCUUCCAGGUUUAUGAGGGACAUUAUUGAUACUGAUACUGCUCCCCCAGUAGACCACAGCUCGGGUAGAGUCUCUACCUCAGACAUGAAGAAGAUUUGCAACAUCUUACUGCAAACAUGAAAGCAUCCACGCGUCUUGAGAAAAUAGGCUUGUACACAGCUUGGGUUUUGGUGCUGUAGUCGGGUGUUAUUCAGUGUAGCUCAAAGCACAUGUCCUGCAGUAAUGUUAUUUCAAUUUUAAUAAGGAUAUUGCUUCAUCACACCAAUAGGCAAUAAAAGCACAUGCUGUUUCAAUAUUUCUGUUUGUGUAUCUCAAUCAUUUGUCCUUUUAAUAAACUUGAUAAAUUGUUUUAGACACCAAACAAUUGUUAAAAACAUUUAUAGUUUCUGUACUAAGUGAGCUGAUAAUAAAAAAAUCAGUAAGCAUCAACAAGGAAAUUGAUUGCAAAACUCUGCAGGAAACACUUGAAUAAAGAAAUAUACCUCAAGGCUGUAUCAGAUAUACAAUGUUUCACUUGCAUCAGCACCAGAAUUGUUAUCCUGUUGACAAACUUGUUGUAUUGUUGCUAAGGCUGCAAAAUAUGUCAUCUAUAUAUAUAUAUAUAUAUAUAUAUAUAAUAGAAUAUCAUCAUCACAACAUCAGUGUGUCCAUUAUUUAUAUGGCAAGGGACUGUUUGGAGUGCAAAAAUUGUUAGCAAAUAUAUUCCAAGUGUUGUUUAUUCUUCCACCAUGCACAAAUGACCCAAACUGCUAAAGAUCACAGAUGAGAAAGAGAGGAAAUAAGAAAAUAGCAACUGAUAUUGACAUCGCAAUAUUUGCCCAGUAGUAUCGCCAUAACAAGAUUUUCUAAGGUACAUAGAGAAAUCCGUUGAUUUACCGCUUAAAACAGCACUUCUUUAGCCUUAAAAACCUCAGACGAGAUUUCUACUGCAGUGCAAUCUCCAGCAAGUUUUUGCAACUGUUUUUCACAUACUGUUUGCUUUAUUUUACCGCUGAUUCACAAAACAGAUUGCACUAAAUACAUUCAGAGACACAAACACGUCACUCAAGUCCAGCAGUUAGGAGAGAUUUGCAUUUGUUUUUUGCAUAGUAUUGCAGUUGUCUUCCCUUCACUGGCAAAUGCAGCUGAGGCAGAAGGGACUGAAGACAUAGAAAAAAAAUGUUUUACUUUUUUAAUUAUUUUAAUUAAGAGAUAACAGAUUGAUUACCUUUAGCACCACAAAUGGCUUUAAGAAUUGGCCUUGUCAGUUUGUGUUUUCACGGGAGGAUGUUGUCACAGCCCACCUGCCAUCUCAUCAUGUUGGCUGCAUUUGGCUAAACCUAGGCUGCCAAUUUAUCUCUGAACAGUUCGGUGAUAAUCCAGGUGCUUCUGUUUUUUGUGAAACUAAAACUAAGAAGUGCUCACACAGAGUCAUUGGACCUAGGGUUUUUGUAUUUUUUUUAGCUUUCCUUCUUAUCAUUUUGCAAUUCUAGGUUUAUCUCAUUUCAGUCUGCCCUAAUCUUACUCCUCCAUUACUGCCGUCUCUCUUAAAAGAUAUUUUUUGACUUCUGAUAUGACCUUGUUGUCCUUUAGGCUUCUGAAUGCCUCACACCCUGCUGUGAUCCCUUUGUAUUUGUUCUUGUGAAGUCUUGGAAUUGGUUUGAUCUUGAGGCAUACUGGAGUCUUGUGAAUAAUCAGACUGAGCAUUGACUCGUGAACAGCAGUUAUGUUUAUGUAAUCUGUAACAGAUAGGCAAACAAAGGCUCAGUUAUUGGUCUCUUAUCUUAAGUCAUGUCAUAAUAAUAGUCUGCUUCUUUUUU